UGCGCUUGCGUGGAACUCGUGGGCCUAGGCCAUUGGGCCCUCGUCGCCACGUGAGCACGGUUGUUUUUUUUUUUUUUUUUCUUGCGGACUGACCCAUUCCAUGAGCUCACUGAUUCCGGCUAGUGUUGUUACCUGCAUGUGCGUGGCUUUGGGGCUAACCACUGGACAUGGGCAAUCUACCAGCAGCCAUACUCUGGAGGAAAAGUGAUUCUUCUCCCAGCAGCCGACAACUGUCAACAACUCCUAAGUUGGAGGUGGAACCUUCUGAGUCUCUCUCCCAUCCAUGCUGUAACGUUGACUGGGUUGACCUUGUUCAGCCAGAGAAUGCUGGAGGAGACCUCAAGGAUGGCUGUCAACACUACGAAGGAGCUGUUGUCAUUCUGGAUGCUGGGGCUCAGUAUGGAAAGAUCAUCGACCGGAGAGUGCGGGAGCUCUUUGUACAGUCUGAAAUCUUCCCCUUGGAAACACCAGCCUUCGCCAUAAAGGAACAAGGAUUUCGGGCUAUUAUCAUAUCUGGAGGACCUAAUUCUGUGUAUGCAGAGGAUGCUCCCUGGUUUGAUCCAGCAAUAUUUACCAUUGGCAAGCCUGUUCUUGGAAUUUGCUAUGGCAUGCAGAUGAUGAAUAAGGUUUUUGGAGGCACUGUGCAUAAAAAAAGUGUUAGAGAAGAUGGAGUUUUCAAUAUUACUAUGGAUAAUACGUGCUCAAUAUUCAGGGGCCUUCAGAAGGAAGAAAUUGUUUUACUUACACAUGGAGACAGUGUAGACAAAGUAGCUGAUGGAUUCAAGGUUGUAGCACGUUCUGGGAACAUCGUGGCAGGUAUAGCCAAUGAAUCUAAAAAGCUAUAUGGUGUACAGUUUCACCCUGAAGUUGGCCUUACAGAAAAUGGGAAAGUAAUACUGAAGAAUUUCCUGUAUGAUGUAGCUGGAUGCAGUGGGACCUUUACUGUGCAGAACCGAGAAAUUGAAUGCAUUCGAGAGAUCAAAGAGAGAGUAGGCACAUCGAAAGUAUUGGUUUUACUUAGUGGUGGUGUAGAUUCAACUGUUUGUACAGCUUUGCUGAAUCGUGCUUUGAACCAAGAUCAAGUUAUUGCUGUGCACAUUGAUAAUGGCUUUAUGAGAAAACGAGAAAGCCAGUCUGUUGAAGAGGCCCUCAAAAAGCUUGGAAUUCAGGUCAAAGUGAUAAAUGCUGCUCAUUCUUUCUACAAUGGAACAACUACUCUACCAAUCUCAGAUGAAGACAGGACCCCACGAAAAAGAAUUAGCAAAACAUUAAAUAUGACUACAAGUCCUGAGGAGAAAAGAAAAAUCAUUGGUGAUACUUUUGUUAAGAUUGCUAAUGAAGUAAUUGGAGAAAUGAGUUUGAAGCCAGAGGAGGUUUUCCUUGCCCAAGGCACUUUACGGCCUGAUCUAAUAGAAAGUGCAUCCCUUGUUGCUAGUGGCAAAGCUGAACUCAUCAAAACCCACCACAAUGACACGGAACUUAUCAGAAAGUUGAGGGAAGAGGGAAAAGUAAUAGAACCUCUGAAAGAUUUUCAUAAAGAUGAAGUGAGGAUUUUAGGCAGAGAGCUUGACCUGCCAGAAGAAUUGGUCUCCAGGCAUCCUUUUCCAGGUCCUGGCCUGGCAAUCAGAGUGAUAUGUGCUGAAGAACCUUAUAUUUGUAAAGAUUUUCCUGAAACCAACAAUAUUUUGAAAAUAGUAGCUGAUUUUUCUGCAAGUGUUAAGAAGCCUCAUACACUAUUACAAAGAGUCAAAGCCUGCACAACAGAAGAGGACCAGGAGAAGCUAAUGCAAAUUACAAGUUUGCAUUCAUUGAAUGCUUUCUUGCUGCCAAUUAAAACUGUGGGUGUGCAGGGUGACUGUCGUUCCUACAGUUAUGUGUGUGGAAUUUCCAGUAAAGAUGAACCUGACUGGGAAUCUCUUAUGUUCCUUGCCAAGCUUAUACCCCGAAUGUGUCAUAACAUUAACAGAGUUGUCUAUAUCUUUGGCCCACCAGUUAAAGAACCUCCUACAGAUGUCACUCCCACUUUCUUGACAACGGGGGUGCUCAGUACUUUACGCCAAGCUGACUUUGAGGCCCAUAACAUUCUCAGGGAGUCUGGGUAUGCUGGGAAAAUCAGCCAGAUGCCAGUGAUUUUGACCCCACUACAUUUCGAUCGAGAUCCACUUCAGAAGCAGCCUUCAUGCCAGAGGUCUGUGGUUAUUCGAACCUUUAUUACUAGUGACUUCAUGACUGGUAUACCUGCAACACCCGGCAAUGAGAUUCCUGUAGAGGUGGUGCUAAAGAUGGUCACGGAGAUAAAGAAGAUUCCUGGAAUUUCUAGAAUUAUGUAUGACCUAACGUCAAAGCCCCCGGGAACCACUGAGUGGGAGUAAUAAAUGUGUUAUUGUUGAAGAA